AUGGGAACCUUUUUUGCUGAUGAUGUAGUGGAAAAAGAAACGAGAAGACACGAUAGUGAGAAGGAGAGGCUAGCGAACCAAGAGGAGGGUCAUUCAGAUGUUGAGUUAGGAUCUGGCGAAAUAGAUUUUGAGGAACGCGACGACUCAAAUAUAUAUUUUACUCCUGAGACUGGAAAUGUUGUUUUUGCGAGUGCCCUUGAUGGGUGGGCAUUUAGCGAAUCAGUACCAGUCGUCGCAUAUGUUUCAAAAAUGUUUGCUGUACCUUCGGAUGUGCUACCAGAAAACAAGCGAACGCAAUUAACCGCCGAGGAGUUAAGGGAGAAGGGAAGGAUCAAAAGGGAAGCGCUACAAAAGAACUCUUUGUCGGAAGCAUCAUCCACUUCUAGCACGGAAUAUAAUGAAAUUCCCGAAAGGCUUAAAGAAUCAUCGGAUAGUUCUCACGUGGAAAUAGAGGAAAACGAUACGCCUGAUUUAUCAUUUCCUAGGGAAACCUUUAUUGGAUUCGCGCGUCUUUAUUCUGGCACUAUUCGUGUUGGACAGAAACUUUAUGCCCUGGGGCCCAGAUAUGAUCCCGCCUUUCCAGAACAACACUGCACCGAGGUCGUUAUUGAGAACCUAUACUUGAUGAUGGGAAGAGAGUUGGAACUCCUUAAGGAAGUGCCUGCGGGUAAUGUCUUCGGUGUUAGUGGGUUAGAAGGCCACAUGCUGAAGAAUGGUACUCUUAGCAGCACGAAAGAAUGCUAUGGCCUUGCCGGUGUUGCUUCCGAGUCUCCUCCGAUUGUUAGGGUUGCUCUUGAGCCGAAAGAUCCAUCCGAGGUUAAUAAGCUUAUUGAAGGUUUACGCUUGCUUAAUCAGGCUGAUCCUUGUAUAGAAGUUCUUGUGCAGGAAACGGGUGAGCAUGUCAUUUUGACUGCUGGCGAAGUGCAUCUUGAAAGAUGCCUACUGGAUUUAAGAGAACGAUUCGCAAAAAUCGAGAUCCAGGUAUCUCCACCAAUCGUGCCAUUUAGAGAAACGAUAGUUCCAGUGUCGGAUACUCAGCAAAAUAAAGAUGCAAAUGUGCAACGUGGUGUUGUCAUCCUUUCUACGCCUAAUAAAUACUGCAAUAUUAAAAUACGUGCUGUGCCAUUACCUCCUAAUGUUACGGCUUUCCUCAAUCAACACACAAUAACCAUAAAAAACAUGCUUGACGAACGCCAAAGAGGUAGAAAUGACUCGCAAUCAACAGAAGAAUACGAGGAUGUUUCUAAAGAAGUGAUCAAUAAAAAUGAACGUGCAUCAAAUAUUGAAAAAUUCUUCAAUGAUCUUGAAUCUGAGUUUGAAAAAUCCGCAGACAAAGAAAUUUGGAAAAACUCGAUCGACAAUAUUUGGGCAUUUGGACCAAAACGCGAAGGUCCAAAUAUAUUGAUAAAUCGAGUUCCCAACUAUUCACGGAAAUCAUGGCGGAAAAAUGUGAAUUCCCUAAAAACUUUUGAAAAUGAGACUUCAAAGGAAGUAAGUGAAAAAUCAUUGGAAUUGACAAUUCGCGAUUUUGAAGAAGCCAUCCACACAGGGUUUCAGCUUGCCACAAAGGCAGGUCCCCUCUGCGCUGAACCGCUAAUGGGUGUUGCAUACUUUUUGGAAGAUUUCAAAGUGCCUGUUAAUGCCGAGAGUGUUGAUAUCUCUGAAAAGAUCAGGAAACGUACUUCUGGUGCGGCUAGUCCCCAAUUAAUCUUUAGUGGAUUUGAGAUGUUGAAUGAAGAUCCAUUCUGGGUUCCAACAACUGAAGAGGAACUUGAAGAUUUGGGAGAAAAAGCAGACAGAGAGAACCUCGCCAAGAAGUAUAUAGAAAGUGUGAGGAAACGGAAGGGAAUGUCUAUCGACAAGAAGAUAGUCGAGCAUGCGGAAAAGCAGAGAACUCUCAAAAAGAAAUGA